AUGAAUGAAUCAGCACCAGUACUGUUACCAGAAACCCCUAGCAAACAACAAAGAAUUGUAAGCGAGACUACCGGAUUAUACCACUUAAAUCUUGUUGAUAAAAAAAGGGAUCAAGAAGUUGGUGAAGAUAUAGACGAAGAAAUCAAUAAUGAGAAUCCCAUUGGAGAUGACGUUGUUACCUCAAAAAAAGAAAUGCCUAAAACACCAAGCGUCAGCAAAAUAGCCACAGCUACAACAUUAAAUAGUAAAAGAUCAAAUCUGAAUUUAUCGCCAAAGAGAUCAAGUCUAAAUUUAUCUCCAAAAAGAUCAAGUUUAAAUUUAUCGCCAAAAAGAUCAAGUUUAAAUCUAAGAAUAACUGCCUCCCCGCAAAAUACCGGGAAUGGUAAUAUUGGAAAUGGCAUUGAUGCAAACUAUGAACAAUUUAUAGGAUCUACUAAAACUGAAAGAAUGAAUAGUCCUGGUACCAAUGUCAAUAUAAAAGACCAAUCUGAGACUAAAGAAGAAGUAUUUGACGCUGAAAAACUAUUAAUGGAGUUGGCUAGUAAAGAAAGGGUGGUAUUUGAAUUGGGGAAACAAUUGGAAAUUGCUAAAAGGGAUUUGAAUGAUUUUGAAUUGAAAUGUAGAAAAAUAAUAGCCAAGCAACAAGGAUUAGAUCCUAGUUCUGUACUUGAUAGUAAUAAUAAUAAUAAUAAUAAUAAUAAUUACUAUUAUAAUAGUAUUUCUGGCAGUAAUGUUACUAAUGCUGGAAAUGAAUUGUUUAGACGGUUAACCAGCAAACUAGUGGAAACAACAACUAAUUUAGCUGCAUCUAUGGAAACGCCAUUAGAUAUUGAAUUUCCUGGUACAAUGAAAGACAAUACUUCUAUUAAUGGUAUCACAACUAAUACUGACAAAAUGACUGAAGUGCCGAACUUAAAAGCCAAAUCUAGCAUGUUCCAAAUGGGUUUGGAUAGAUUUAAUAGCAUGGUAAAUGGUACUGGUGAUACUACUACUUCUACAAAAAUCAUUUCUAACAAUGAAUUGGAAACUGGCCGCACUUCUAUCUCUAACUCUCAACUUUCUUUAAACCCGGAACCUAUUUCCAAUAAAGAUCCCACUCCCGCUGACCAUCCUAUUUCUGAUAGCAAGCCUAGUCUUAACAGUAAUCCAAAUUCUAAUAGCAAAUCCGAAUCCAUAUCCGCCAGUAAAACAGAACCGCAAAAACAGCAAUAUUCUUUUAUGGACAGAUUGAAAUCCAAAUGGAAUGAAUUCUUGGAGUACGAUGAAGAUGAAGCCAAAUAUGAUAAAAAAAUGGAUGAGAAACGAGGUAGAAUGGCUGUUUCUCAUGAUUAUAAUGAUGCUUUAUAUAACGAUGAUGCAAUCGAAUACAGCGAGAACGAAGAUAGUGAAUAUGAAGAUGGCACGGACCAUGUCUAUUCUUCUUUCAAAAGGGGAUCAUAG